CGCAUUGCGCAGGGGAGACAAAUGCUUCAACCCCCUCCCAGGGACAUAAAACUGCCUGGGCUGGAGCUAAUAGUCCCUGCUGUCUGAGAUCGCAGCCACAGACCUGCCUUGUUCCCAAGCUUCCAACUAGCUCGUCGCUGUCCUUGGAGACCUGAGCUGUAGAAUGGGGAAGGAGAAGGUCCACAUCAACAUUGUGGUCAUUGGCCACGUGGAUUCUGGAAAGUCCACCACCACUGGGCACCUCAUCUACAAAUGUGGAGGGAUCGACAAAAGAACCAUUGAGAAAUUUGAGAAGGAAGCAGCAGAGAUGGGAAAGGGUUCUUUCAAAUAUGCCUGGGUGUUGGACAAGUUGAAAGCUGAACGUGAACGUGGAAUCACCAUUGACAUCUCUCUCUGGAAGUUUGAAACCACCAAAUACUAUAUCACCAUUAUAGAUGCUCCUGGACAUAGAGACUUCAUCAAGAACAUGAUCACAGGAACAUCUCAGGCGGAUUGUGCCGUCCUGAUCGUGGCAGCUGGGGUUGGGGAGUUUGAAGCUGGGAUUUCGAAGAACGGGCAGACACGGGAGCACGCCCUGCUGGCCUACACGCUGGGCGUGAAGCAGCUCAUCGUGGGCGUCAACAAGAUGGACUCCACCGAGCCGCCCUACAGCGAGAAGAGGUACGAUGAAAUCGUCAAGGAGGUGAGCGCCUACAUCAAGAAGAUUGGCUACAACCCGGCAACCGUGCCCUUCGUGCCCAUCUCCGGCUGGCACGGCGACAACAUGCUGGAACCUUCCCCCAAUAUGCCCUGGUUCAAGGGCUGGAAGUUAGAGAGAAAGGAUCACAAUGCCAGUGGGGUGAGCCUGCUGGAAGCCCUGGACACCAUCUUGCCCCCAACACGCCCCACUGACAAACCCCUGCGUCUGCCCCUGCAGGACGUCUACAAGAUUGGAGGUAUUGGAACAGUGCCAGUGGGGCGAGUAGAGACUGGAGUCCUGAAACCUGGCAUGGUGGUGACCUUUGCCCCUGUUAACAUCACUACUGAGGUAAAGUCUGUGGAGAUGCACCACGAGGCUCUGAGCGAGGCCCUCCCUGGGGACAACGUGGGCUUCAACAUCAAGAACGUCUCCGUCAAGGACAUCCGCCGAGGCAACGUGUGUGGGGACAGCAAGGCCGACCCGCCCCAGGAGGCUGCUGGGUUCACUGCUCAGGUGAUCAUCUUGAACCACCCUGGCCAGAUCAGCGCUGGCUACUCCCCUGUCAUUGACUGCCACACUGCACACAUCGCCUGCAAGUUUGCGGAGCUCAAGGAGAAGAUUGAUCGCCGUUCUGGCAAGAAACUGGAGGACAACCCCAAAUCUCUCAAGUCUGGAGAUGCAGCCAUUGUUGAAAUGGUCCCUGGCAAGCCUAUGUGUGUGGAGAGCUUCUCCCAGUACCCACCCCUGGGGCGCUUUGCGGUGAGGGACAUGAGGCAGACGGUGGCGGUUGGCGUGAUCAAGAACGUGGAGAAGAAGACGGGGGGCGUGGGCAAGGUCACCAAGUCGGCUCAGAAGGCCCAGAAGGCUGGCAAAUGAAUCGAGCGGCAGCAGUGCAUGUUGGCCGGAGCGCCCCAGCCUCCAGGCGGCCCCCAGUACCUCCUCUCCACGGGGCAUGCCCACACAUCCGCUUCUAAAACACUCUUCGGCAACGACUGGAUGCUAACUAUCAAAGUCCAAUGGAAGUUCUUUAAAAGGAAAAGCAUGCUCCAGCAUUUGUAAGGCUUCUUGUUAAUUUUACCAUUAAACUGGUCCACCCACUUCA